UCGACGAAGCAGUUCCGGUCCAGCGCCGCCCCCCGCCGCCGCCGCCAAAGUCUGCAGUCCCCCGUUUCACGUCGCCGAUGGAAGAAGGAGAAGUGGUGAGGAAACGCAUGUCGCUAUCCUUCAAGGCCUGGCUCAGGUUCCCGGUCAGCCGCGUCGGGCGGUACCUCAAGCAGGGCCGCUAUGCGCGUCGCGUCGCGCCGCAAGCCGCCGUCUACCUCACCGCCGUCCUCGAGUACCUCGUCGCCGGGGCGGUCGCGGGUAAAUCUGGACGCUCAGCUCGAGCUUUUGGGCUCGGCCCGAGUUUGCGUCGGCUCGGAGCGAGUCAGGCUCGGCCCGUCCUCGAGUUGUCUGGCAACGCGGCCAAGGCCAACAAGAAGAAGCUCAUCACCCCUCGCCACCUGAUGCUCGCCAUCCGCAACGACGGCGAGCUCAGCAGCCUGCUCGCCGGCGUCACCAUCGCCCACGGCGGCGUCGUGCCCAACAUCAACCCCGCGCUUCUCCCCAAGAGGACCGCCGCCCGCAAGGCCGACAUGGAGUCCAACUGGUCCAACAACAACAAGGCCGCCGCCCCCAACUCCCUCUCCCCCAAGAAGGCCGCCGCCGGAGAGACCAUCUCUGCCGCCGAGGAGACCACCACCGCUGCCGCCGAGGAGUAGUACACUGCAUACAUAGGAUCGGAGGGAGCCUGUCUUGUUGCCGAGUUGCGUCCUGUAUGUAUGUAUGUAUGUAUGUAUGUAUGUAUGUAUGUAUGUAAUGGUUCAUGCUUUCUGUUCUGUGUAUGUGUCGCUGAGUUGCAUCCUGUACUCCUGUAUCGUCUGUAUGUAAUGGUUGAUAGUUUGGUUGUCUGUACUGUAGUAUCGCUGGUUACUCUUUCUGAAGGGCGAUCGCUGAAUAAAUAGGUUCAUCAGGGUUUGU